CCACCGAAGAAGGCGCUCUUUUGUCGCGGGCAAGGCAAAAUUACUCAAAGAAUGUGUAACGUUAGCUAAUGUCUGAAGGAAUACGAAGUUGCAAAUUGUUUGAAGAGUGACGGAAGCAAAGUUCGUGAAGGACCUGGGAUAACACACACAGACGCAAACACAAACAAAAGAAAUAAACCGAAUUCCCCCCCUCCCCCCCCCAAAAAAAAGAAAAAAGAAAAAAAAACCGACGCAAGUGCAACGCAAAGUGCACCACCGAGUGCUAAGAUCGGGCCGAGUGUAGUCGCAGCAUGUCUCGCAGACGGAGCCGCAGCGGAAGCCCCUCUCACCAGACCACCAACAGCAAUGACCCCCGCGACUUGGAGAGGAGGAUUUUUGUGGGGAAUUUGCCAACAACCCUAAUGGACAGGAAGGACAUGGAGGAUCUGUUCAGUCCGUACGGGAAGAUAAAUGCCCUGUCCAUGUUCCGCGGGUACGGAUUUGUGCAGUUUGAGCGAGCCGAGGAAGCUGAAGCUGCCAAGGCGGGACAAAACGGUCGCUUUUAUAGAGGGUAUAAACUAGAUAUAAAUAUGGCUGCGGAGCGACGACAGAGUAAGGCUCAGUCCCGGCAGAGCCCCCCACGCAGGCCCCCCUACGGUGGAUAUGGCGAUGUACGGGAUGACCGGACACGCUCUCGCUCUCCCAUGCACGGCCGGGACUCCCGCGAUCAUAGGGACGGUCGUGAAAUGCGGGAGCCGGGUCGUGAAAUGCGGGAGCCGAGUCGUGACAUGAGGGAGCCAGGUCGUGACAUGAGGGAGCCAGGUCGUGACAUGAGGGAGCCGAGUCGUGACAUGAGGGAGCCUGGUCGUGACAUGAGGGAGCCGAGUCGUGACAUGCGGGAGCCGGGUCGUGACAUGCGGGAGCCGGGUCGUGACAUGCGGGAGCCGGGUCGUGACAUGAGGGAACCCGGUCGUGACGUGAGGGAGCCAGGUCGUGACAUGAGGGAGCCAGGUCGUGACAUGAGGGAGCCAGGUCGUGACAGCAGAGAGCCGGGUCGUGACAGCAGAGAGCCGGGUCGUGAUGUGAGGGAGCCUGGCCGCGAGCCCAGGGGGGCACACCCUCGGGAGCAUGACCCAAGAGAUCCAAACUUCAAUAGGUACCGUGGCUCCGAUAGCCGAGAGAAGGAUCCAAGAGGUGACCCCGCCUUCAGGGACGAGGGUUAUGACCGGUACUAUCGCGUGGACGAUUAUUACCGCAAGAAGGAGGAGCCGUACCCGGACCGCUACCGGGACCCCUGGAACGGGCGGCGGGAGGCUGAGGAGGAUCGGCCGCGGGUGGAGGAGCGCAGGAGGAACGAGCUGUACAGGCAGUACUACGAGGAGCUGCAGCGGCGCUACGACUCCGAGCGGCCCGUCGACUGCUCCGUCAUCGUGGUGAACAAGCAGCAGAAGGAGUACGCGGAGACGGUGGGCAGGAAGGUGCGGGACCUGGGCAUGGUGGUGGACCUGAUCUUCCUCAACACCGAGGUGUCCCUGACGCAGGCCCUGGAGGACGUGGGCCGGGCCCGCACCCCGUUCGCCAUCAUCAUCACCCAGCAGCACCAGGUGCACCGCUCCUGCACCGUCAACAUCCUGUUCGGCACGCCCCAAGAGCAUCGGAACAUGCCCAUGCAGGACGCGAUGGUUCUGGUGGCCCACAACUAUGACCAGUUCAAGGUUGAGCACCGGGAUAAGGAGCGCGAGGAGAUCGCCAGGAAAGCCGCCAAGAUGGCGGACGACGUGCUGAUGAGGGAGCACGAGAGGGAGGGCCACCCAGUUUCUCUACAACCUGCCAUCACCCUGCUGUCCGAGAGCAGGUAUCUGACUCUGGAGGAGCUGGACGGCCUGAUCGAGUACCUGCGGGAUAAGAGGGAGCGUUUGGUGAGAGCCAGCGGAGAUCCACACGCAGCGUCCCAUACUGCAGCUCCAGCAACUCUCGAAGCUCCUCCUCCUGCCCAGCCCAUACCCAGCGCACCCCCCUCCACACACACCACACACACAACACACACUGCCCAUCCCACACACACCGCCCAUCCCACGCACACCGCCCAUCCCACGCACACCGCCCAUCCCACGCACACCGCCCAUCCCACACACACCGCCCAUCCCACGCACACCGCGCACGUCACACACCCCACACACCCGACGCACCCCACUCACCCCGCAAACCUGGUCCUGGCUUCCCACGCCGCGCACACAGCCCAUCUGCCCCCGGCCCCCGCCUCUGCCCCGGCCGCCCCCUCCAACCACCAGCAGGAGCUGCAGGCCAAGAUCCUCAGUCUGUUCAACAGCGGGACGGGCGUCUCCCCCACCCCGGCCCAGGCCUACGGCGCCUCGAUGGCCGGCCAGGCGGCCGGCCUCCCCAUCGCCAAAAUCCCCCCGCAGUCCGGCGCCCCGGGGCCGGGCAUGCUGGGCGCCAGGCCGGCCCUGCGGGCCCCGGCCACCCCCGCCGGCGUCCCCUCCCCGUACGGGCCCCCGCCCAGCCGCCUGGUGGUCCCGCAGCUGUCGGUGAGGCCGGCCGGCAGCGGGGCGGGCAUCAACUUCGACAACCCCAGCGUCCAGAAGGCCCUGGACACGCUCAUUCAAAGCGGACCUUCCAUAAACCACCUAGUGAACCCCGGGAACGUCCCUGUCUCUCGGCCCGGCGUGGGCCUCAGCCAGCCUCCCCCCAUGGCCCACUACGCCCGCCAUUACUGACCACGCUCACCGCCCAGCGACAAGUCCGCAAGACUAAGGCUUUGGAAAUGUAGGCGUAAUUAGCCUGGAGUUAUUCUUUGGCUAUAUUUGCGAAUGCUUUUAAAGACGUUCCUCAAGAUUUAUUUUAUUUUAAUUUUGGAAUUCUGGCAUGAUUGCUUCAGAUUUUGUGGGCCACUGUGUAGUCGGACAUUGUUUUUGUUGUUGAAUUAGAGCCUUUGCUUAAUUUUGCUUAGUAGGUUGAUUGGUGGUUGAUUUUGGCGAAAAAGGAAGCAAUGCAAUGGCAUGCCAGAAGAAUGUGACUUUACUUUGUAAAUCAAGUUGUCACCACCUGAACUGUGAUACUGUCCACUGUAGUUUAUGUUAUCGGUAGAGUUUAGUAGUUCUGUCAUCCUUUUUUUUAUUUUUACAGUUGCCCAUGUGCUUGUAAAUACUAGCUGAUUUCAGUGUCACUGAAAUAAACCUCAUUGAAAUGGAAGAAAA